UGUUCCUUUCCUUUUCUUCUUCACCAUACCACUCUUCCCCUUUUAUACAUAACAAAACAAGCAUGGGAUACUUACAAUCCCUUGGCUGUCUCCUUCAAAAUGCAAAGCCUUACAUCGUUGUCAUCUCCCUCCAAUUUGGCUAUGCCGGAAUGAAUAUCAUCUCUGCCAUCUCCCUCAACCACGGUAUGAGCCAUUACGUUCUCGUCGUCUACCGCCACGCCUUUGCCACUGUUGUCAUGGCACCUUUUGCUCUUGUUUUUGAGAGAAAAAUGAGACCCAAGAUUACACUUAAGAUUUUCGCUCAGCUGUUUGUUCUGGCUUUUCUUGGACCACUGAUUGAUCAGAACUUCUACUACUUGGGGAUAAAAAUGACAUCCCCAACUUUUGCAUGUGCCAUAAGCAACACGCUUCCUUCAAUGACAUUCAUCAUGGCACUUCUUUGUAGAAUGGAGAAGUUGGAGUUGAAGAGUGUGAGAUGCCAAGCCAAGGUGUUUGGAACAAUAGUGACGAUGGUGGGAGCCAUGUUGAUGACAUUUUAUAAAGGAAGUGUCAUCAACUUCUUCUGGACUGGGCAUGGCCGCCACCCAAACACACCACCCACGGCGGAUGCAGCGGCGGCGUCCAACCUUCACAACGACGGAAAGGUCAUCAAAGGCUCCAUCUUCCUCAUCAUCGCCACUCUGGCUUGGGCGGCCUUCUUCAUUCUGCAAGUCAUAACCAUGAGAAAAUACACAGCCCAUCUUUCUCUCACCACCAUGGUUUGCUUUUUAGGAACCCUUCAAGCCAUUGUUGUCACCCUCGCCAUGGAGCACCGCCCUCACGCCUGGGCCAUUGGCUGGGACAUGAACCUCCUGGCCGCCGCUUAUGCGGUAAGAAAGAAAAUAAUUAUAACAGUCCAAACCCACCGCUAGUAG